GUAAAAUCUUGAUUUUAAGCAACAAUCAAUACCUAAUCAUUCAUAAAGUGUCACGUAACCAAUUUGUCUGGAAAAAUAUUUCUUUGUGUUUGUAUUUAGAAAUGCUUCAUUCAAUUAAUUGAACGUUAUUUGGAAUGACACCCCUACUGUCGUGUUGUGCUUCUGGAGUCAGCUGACCCAACAUAUGCAAAUGAGGCAGCGAGCUGGCUCCUCAUUGGCCGCCCGCGCCUCAUUUAAGUGCUGUCAGUGCCCGCGUCACAUGGCCGCCGCUGCAAGCAACUUGUCAACUCCGAGUGGCUCCAGUGUGCAUUCUGUCACAGCGGAUGUGAGGCAGCAGGGCGACGGAUUGGAGAGUUCUUUUGGGAAUAUUGCUUAUGCUUCGGCUCACUUUAGAGACUCUCUCCCAGCUCGAUUUGAAUUUCCUUUUUCUUGCUGGUGAAGUUUUUGCAAACGAGCCGCUUGAAUGUAUAGUAUGAUGAUGGAGACCGACCUCCACUCCCCCGGCCCCCAAACCAACACGGCCGCGGGGCAAACGGGGCCCAACGCGGGUUCCAAAGCGAGUCAGGAGCGGGUGAAAAGACCCAUGAACGCCUUCAUGGUGUGGUCCCGCGGCCAGCGCAGGAAGAUGGCGCAAGAAAACCCCAAAAUGCACAACUCCGAGAUCAGUAAGAGACUAGGGGCCGAGUGGAAGGUGAUGUCCGAGGCGGAGAAGCGGCCUUUCAUCGACGAGGCCAAGAGGCUGCGGGCCAUGCACAUGAAGGAGCACCCGGAUUACAAGUACCGGCCCAGGCGGAAGACCAAGACGCUGCUCAAGAAGGACAAGUACUCGCUGGCAGGUGGGCUGCUCUCCGGAGCCGGCGGCGGCGGGGUUGGCUUAGGGGUCGGCAUGGCGUCCUCGUCAACGGGCCAGCGGCUGGAGAGCCCGGGGGCGCCCCACGGAGGUUCCGCGGGCUCCGGCUACGCGCACAUGAACGGCUGGGCCAACGGCGCGUACCCGGGCCAGGUGGCGGCAGCCGCGGCCGCCGCUGCUAUGAUGCAGGAGGCGCACCUCGCCUUCGGCCAGCACCCGGGCGGAGGCGCGCACCACCUGAACCAUCACCACGCGCACCCGCACGCCCACCACGCACACCACCAUCACCACCACGCGCACAACCCGCAGCCCGUGCACCGCUACGACAUGAGCGCGCUCCAGUACAGCCCUAUCUCGAACUCGCAGAGCUACAUGAGCGCGUCCCCGUCCGGUUACGGCGCGCUCAGUUACACGCAGCACCAAGGCUCCGGCGUGUCCUCUUCGUCCUCCUCCUCUUCGUCCUCCUCCUCGGCAGCUGCCGCCGCCGCAGCCGCCUCCAUGGGCGCGCUGGGCACGCUGGGCUCGCUAGUCAAGUCGGAACCCAGCGUCAGCCCGCCGGUGAGCGGAGCCCCCCACGCGCGCGGCCCCUGUCCCGGGGACUUGCGGGAGAUGAUAAGCAUGUACUUGCCCACCGGGGAACCGGCCGAUCCGGCCAUGCAGAGCCGGCUCCACGCCUUGCCGGCGCACUACCAGAGCGCCGCCGCGGCCGGAGUCAACGGGACUGUCCCGCUCACACACAUCUAAUCCAAUCCCAACCCAAUCACUGGAAUUGCAAAGGAACACAUGACCAAAUAUUUACCUCUUUUCUAACCCCGCUCCUGCAAGAACUACCUGCAUUUUGUACAGAAUGUUGAUCACGUGUAAAUGAAGGCUUUUUUUCUUGUUAUUGUGUUAAAGAGGGGGCAUCGAACUCACGCUGAUAUUUUUAGUUAACGUGCUAUUUCAUCAUCUCUUCGGGUCUAAGUUAAUCCCCCCCCCCCCCCCCAUAUCCUGUAAGUUAUUAAAAAUGUCAAUACAAUAUCACAGAAAGUUUAAAAAAAAAAAAAUACAUUUUUUUAAAAAUCCAAAGCGUUUGUGUUUUAAGCCCUCGUUUUAUUGUUGUAACACUCUCCACUCUUAUUAUUAUUAUUGUACAAUUGUGAAUAAUUUUAAUAUUGAAAGGAUGACUUGGCAACGUGCUGUUGUAAUUUAUGUGCUUUUCCGCAAGUGAAAAGCCCUGAUAUUACUGCAAUGAUAAAAAAAAUGAAUGGAAUAAAUUUCAAAAGAUGUUGCUUUGAAUUAUGAAGAGUUAAGAAACGAUUUUUUUCCUAAUUGCUUUUGAAUUUAAAGCCAUUGCUGCCAUGUUUUAAACGGCAUGAAUUACUUAUGCGUUAAAUAAAUGGCAGCCCUUUCGAAAGAAGGAUUUAUCUUUGUUAAAAUAAUGGUUCGUGAUUGCCAACUUUCAUUGUACGGGAUUUAAUUAAUAUACGGUUUUUUUUAUCUGCCGUGUGUAAUAGGCCACAAUGAUUGUGAAUCAGUUUUUCUUUGCGGGGUCUUAAAAAUGUCAUCUUUAAGGCCUCAUACGAAAAACCACCUGUUAGUGUUAUGUUGGUAAUAAAUCAUAUUGCCCUCGAUCUCUGAUUUGAGAGGAAUCGGACACUUUAAUUUCAAUCUUUUUUGUAAAUAAUUUCCGUUAUUAAAACAGAUCCAAUUAAAAAAAAAAAAAAAAAAAAAAAACACUGCAAAAUCCGAAUACUGUUGUGUAUCGAUCUAAAAUAUGAAUUGAAAUGUUGCAUUUAUUUAAAUUUCAAAGAAUGUGAAGAUGAUGAAGAAUUUCAGCGAGUCACUCGCAUGAUUUUUUGGGACGUCGUUUUUACAUCGGAUGCUCUUUCUGCCGACAUCUACCUUAAUUAUCAAUCGAAAAGUUAUCUAAAAUAGAUUCAAUCAUUUUACAAAAAUUGCCAUACUGCAUUUAGAUUUUUUUUUUAAUGCAUAAUCAAAUUGAAUCGUUUGAUCCCCCCGUUCAUGUCUUAUAAUUAUGAACUCAACAUAGAAGUGCCGUUCUUAAUAAUAAUUUUGAAUAUCAUUUACUUUGAACCAAUUCAACUUUUAGAUCCGCAUGGGGAAAAGGCUGGCGACAAGUUGCAUGCUGGGUAAUUAACUGCCAAUCUCCUCACUGAUGACAAUUUGGCUUUUAUUUCAGCCCACCCGCCCCAAAAAAACCUUCUCGUGCCAAUUAAAUUAAUAAUCCUUUUUAAUAUUAUUUUUACCUCAAUGAAAACUGACUGUAUGACGUCAUUAUUUUUUGACAGGCCCGCAGCUGGUUUUGACAUUUACAUGCCAUUUUUUUUAAUUGCCUGAGGACUAAUAUCCAUACACAUGCAAAUGAGGGCAACUUGAUGCCUACUUAUGCAUUUUGAAGAGAAAAAAAAAUCAAUUAAUGUGAAAUCCAUCGUUAAGGGCGGCUUGGCUGUUUCACACUUGAUGAGGUUUGACGCCUCGUGUCAAUAAAAGCUGCGAAGAAAAUGGCGUUUUAGUGUGAUGUAAGCUGCAAAAACGAAAAAAAUAACCACUUAAAAGCAAAUAUUUUUGCGUCUUAUGUAAGAGAUGGCGGGAUGCAAACAUGUUGAACCCGCGUUGAUGAGGCACAAGUGUGUGUUUUUCCUUUUUUUUUUUUUUUUUAAACGUUGACCAUUCCCAAUAAAUCUCUGCAAAUGUGCGCCACUGUUAUCUUGUAUGCAUGCAGGCCACUGAUAUUCCCUGCUAGGACUCCGGUUUGCUUAAAGCCCCGAUCCCUUGCACUGCCAUGUCCUAAAUGGGGAUAAUUAGCGUCACUUUAUCACGCCUCUGCAUAUUUUCUGCACGUCUCCGCCUCCCCCUUUUCCCUAAAAAAAAAAGAAAAAAAAUCAACCAGCAGCCUGCACUGCUCUGUCACAGAAGAUUAUGGAGACAGAUUGCACAGAGCGAAUGUGGCGGGCGAGAUUAGCGCGGAAUAGAGAAAGCAACUGGGCCAGUGAAUGCCUCCGAAGGGGCCUUAUCGUCCAAUUACACGUUGACAUGUUUAACAAUCUUGCUGCCUCUUAAUCCUGCCGUGCUGCUGCGCUAUCUGCGCGCGGCGAAAGCACCCAAACGCAGCACCGACGUACGUGGAAGAGAGUAAUAACAAAUAAAAGUUGGGAAGGGAAAAUUGCUUUAUUUGGCAACUUUGGCCCUUGAACAAUAUUUUUUUGUUAUUAUUUUACUCGUCGCUUGCAAUU